AUGUCCUUCUCCAAUCUCGUCUCCGAUAUCGCCUUCCGAGACUCCAAUGUCGAUGAUCGCAGCUCGCAAGUCUCCCGGGCUCGCUCCCAACCCACCGCUAGAUCCUACACCAGCACGACAGCAACCAGUGUCAGCAUCUCCGGCGACAUCUCGAGCCAAUUACACUCGGGCUACAGCCACCCGUUGAGCAGAUCAUGGCAAGCCGAAAGACAACUAACAAAGGACAUGCUCAUAUACCCGUUGUUCAUCACCGACAAUCCCGACGAGGCGACCCCCAUUCCGUCCCUUCCGAACCAAUACCGCUGGGGAAUCAACCGCCUGGUACCUCUCUUAACCCCGCUUGUCCGGAAAGGCCUGCGGUCCGUGAUUCUAUUCGGAGUCCCACUGCAUCCAUCCUCGAAAGACGCGCUGGGAACCGCCGCAGAUGACCCGGAAGGCCCUGUCAUCCAAGCUAUCCGUCUUCUUCGAUCUCGUUUCCCGCAUCUCUACAUCGUGACCGACGUGUGCCUUUGCGAAUAUACAUCCCAUGGCCAUUGCGGAAUCCUUCGUGAAGACGGCACACUUGACAAUGAGCAAUCGGUCGACCGCAUUUCCGACGUCGCCAUGGCUUAUGCAGCAGCGGGGGCACACUGCGUUGCGCCCUCAGACAUGAACGAUGGCAGGGUGCGGGCCAUUAAGCUCAAAUUGAUUGAAGCCGGAGUGGCGCACCGCGUGCUCUUGAUGUCAUACAGUGCAAAAUUUAGCGGCUGUCUAUACGGCCCAUUCAGGGAUGCGGCAGGGUCUUGUCCAUCAUUCGGCGACCGUCGGUGCUACCAACUGCCCCCCGGGGGCCGGGGUCUCGCUCGACGGGCAAUCCAGAGAGAUAUGGCGGAAGGCGCCGAUAUUAUCAUGGUGAAGCCGGCAAGCAGCUACUUGGACAUCAUCCGGGAUGCCAAGGACCUGGCCAAGGAUCUCCCAGUUGCGGCAUACCAGGUCAGUGGCGAAUUUGCCAUGAUCCACGCUGGUGCCAAAGCUGGGGUGUUUGACCUCAAAGCAAUGGCCUUCGAGAGCACUGAGGGAAUUCUGCGAGCAGGGGCAGGGAUCGUGAUCAGUUACUUCGUGCCGGAGUUCUUGGAUUGGCUCUAG